CUGCGCUUCAUUCAUGGUAUGCAUUCAAAAGGCAAUAUAAAAACACUUCGUGACUUCGUCAAAGAUGUCCCUUUAACAAACACACCCCCAUUCCCAUUUAUCCUUCCAACAGCAAGACCGACCCAACCCGUCCAGGUAACCCAACCUAUAUACCAUAUCUAAACACUUCCAACCGCCAACACCCGGGUAUCACACAUCCCCAUAAAUCUCACUUGACACCAAGCUCCCGUCCCCCUCCUCGCUAAAUCUCGUUAAACAACCCCCAAUCCUUCACAUCAAAACUCUCCCAAAUCCUCGCCGCAUACUCGACCGCAUCCCCAAUCAGCUCGCCCUGCUUCCCCAUCGCCAGGUCAAUCUCCUCCUCGUCAUACUCCCCCUUGAUGUGCGGCACAUUGAUCGUCACGAGGAUAUCCGUCUGCUCCUUCUCCAGCCUGAUCAGCGUCAGGAUCAGCGCGGUAAAGUCGGGAGCGCCCUGUCUCUCUCCCUCUCGCUGCCUGUGUGUUUGCGUCGCGAUCAAGGUGUAAGCGGGGAUAUCUUCUCUGUUACGCCCCCACGGUCAGUAUUUGAUGGGAAGGGGGAGGAAGGAGGAAAACAUACGAGAGGUGGCUGAUCUGAGUCUCGGUUGUAUUCCACACCUGAACCGUCUCGGCCGCGUCCUCGACGCCGACGAGCUCCUCGAGGUGGGUGGUCAGGGCUUUGGCGUCCCGCUCGAGGGGGUCGUCGGACGAGGACGAGGAGGAGACGCGCUCGGUGAUGUCGACUAUGAUGGAGGUGAAGCCGUCUUUGUCGAUGUAGACUUCUUGGUUGUCGGGGACUUGGCGGAGCUUGGAGACGUCGGCGAAGUUGGUGGGGAGGUCGACUGUGAGGGCGCCGCCGAAGAGGGGGGUUGGUUGGAAGGUGUGGCGGGGCAUUUUGGAGAGGGUACUCUGUCGGGCAGUGUAGGAGAUGCAGUAGGUUGGUGAUGGAGCUGGGGAGAGGAAAGGAGGUUUGCGACACAGGUUGCGACUGGGCAGGUGUAAUAAGAAAUGUAGAUCAGGUAUGAGUUUGCGCGGCAAGGCGGCAGUGAUGGCUGGAUGGCGGGGUUCAAACACAGCUUCGUGAUCCGUGGGGCUACUGAGAGUGGGCAGUUUGCGGGGUAACUGUCUCGUCUUUUGCUGCUGCGCCCGGGUUUUGGGCUGCGCCGCAGAAGAUGUGUAACAGGGUCUUGGUCUUUUGGGCCUGACUACCUGUCAAGCAACAUGGAAAUCAAGGCGUCUUUAUAUCUGUAAUUCGAUAUAUCUUCCGAAGCGCUACAAGUCUCCCUUUUGCCCUAAACAGCUUAGCUCCUUAGCUCAGCUUCCCGCCAAGCCUCAACUCGAACCUCACCUUAGCCAGGGGAGAAAGCUACGUCACUCUUCCCCCCCGCUCUCUCACUCACACACCCUCACAACUUCGUCUCAUCUCACCUGAAACUUCUCAGUUGGCAAAUGUCAACCAAAAUGUCUGCCGCCUGCAUCUUCUGCAAGAUCAUCAAGGGUGAAAUCCCCUGCUUCAAACUCUUCGAAUCAGACAAAACCCUCGCCUUCCUCGACAUCAACCCCCUAUCCAAAGGCCACGCCCUCGUCAUCCCCAAGCACCACGGCGAGAAGCUCACCGACAUCCCCGACGACCAGCUCGGCGAGAUCUUGCCCGUCGUCAAAAGGCUCGCUGCCGCCACCGGCGCCAAGGACUGGAACCUGCUGCAAAACAACGGCAAGCUGGCUCAUCAGGAGGUCGGGCAUGUGCACUUCCACAUGAUCCCCAAGCCGAACGAGAAGGAGGGGCUGGGUGUUGGGUGGCCGAUGCAGGCGACUGAUAUGGAUAAGCUCAAGGCGUUGUUUGAGGAUAUCAAGGGGAAGAUGUAGAUCGGAGAUAUCAAUUCCAAACGGAGCUACUAUUG